AUGCGACGCUCCUUGAAAAUAUUGUUCUUGCUCCUUGUUGGUACCCUCCUUGUCAAACAGGUCCGAGCUCCUGCUCCCCAUCCAGAAACCACAGAUUCAGAUUCGGAUUCAGAGCCACAACCGGUCCCAAACACAAACCAUGAUGACAACUCAGGCUCAAGCUCCGGUGAAGGCGAAGACUUGGGUCACGUUGGCGGUAUAACGUUGAGCGGUGGAACUCCAGCCGCACCCGUUGCCCCUCCUGCUGAGGGCAAUGAGGCGGAAUUCGAAGAAGAAGACGUCGACUACAGCGAGAUCCUGAAGCACGUGUCCGAGCUCCUCGACGCCAUCACUGCCAUCAUCUCCGACUUAGACAGCGGCUCCUCAACAACGGUAUCAGCACCUCUACCCACUGCAGCAUUACCCUGCUACAGCGUCUCAAGUAUCUAUAAUGAGUGCGCCCUACGCAAAAGUGAAUUCCCGCAUGUGGUUUUCCCCAUACAGGCGAGUUGCUUGUGCUAUGUAACUAAGGGCAACGAUACCACAGCCAUCUGGGCGCCUGACUCCUACGACGGGCAUAUGAGCCGCUGUAACAAUUUCGCUCAGACACAGAGUCAGGCUUCAAUUACGAAUGUGGGUAAUAACAGCAGCGCUUUCAAUUUGUGUUCGAGCGCUGGUGAUGUCAGAGCAACCCCGGCACUAGCCGUGCCGAGUUCGACGACUACGCCUUCGGCUACCCCGGCCUCGACUACCACUGCACCCAGUACACCUACUGCCACAGGCACAAGUGGUUCAGCAAAGCGAGUUAGGUGUCAUUUGCUCAUACGAAAACUUGCCCUCGAGGGUUCAUUAAGACAGCAGAAUGUUGGUAGGACGACGAAGCUGAGCGGCAAGAAGCCGUUGAACCCGUUCCUUGGGGAGUUGUUCCCCGGGAAAUGGGAGGACCAUGAUGGUCUGGGGGAGGCGGAAUCGAUUUGCGAGCACGUGAGCCCCCACCCGCCGACGUCAGAGUUCUGUAUCCGUAACGAGAAGCACGGGGUCCAGCUGCAGGAUUACAGCGCUCAACGACUGCCUUUCGCCGGCACUCUCUCCACUGCUCAAUACGGCCACGCGAGUCUACAUAUUUUCAAUUACAAUGAAGACUACGUUACUACCUUUCUCUCCAUCCGUAUCAAGGGCAUUUUCUCUACUAGUCCGUACUCCGAACUCGAGGGUGAGACAUUCAUUCAUCUACGGCUGGAAGCCUGGUCCGUCAUCGUUGAUGUUAUCAGGGCCUACGAAAUGCUAGCCGCAGGUGGUGAGAAGGCGAAGAUUGGGAACGGGCAGAGGGGGAUGGAAGUGGCGGAGAAGGCUGAAGGGAGGAGGUGGGAACCUCGGUUCAUCGGGAGAUUGGAACGGGAUGGAGUACUGGAGAGGUUGGGGAUUAAGGACGGGUUGGGAGAGGAGAAGGGAGGCGGGGAUUGGAGGUGGGAUGGAGAGAAGGCGAGGAUGGUGUUGAGGCUGUUUCAUGAUGAUUUGUAG